AUGUCGUUGUUCCGUUGUGUACGUUCCUUGUCCCUAUUUCGCAGAUGCUCGAGCGCUCAUACAGUUCCUGGUUUCCUUCUUGUCCAUCACGGCAAUGAAGCACCAAAGAGAGAUGUUUUUUGCAGUCCAUCUUCUAAUUUUCGCUUAUUUUCUUCUGAUGCUGCACCAUCAUUGAAUAAGUCGGUGCUGACGAACUUAUCGGUCUUUAGGAGAUUUCAAGAUUGGAAGAUUAAGUGUUUUCCAGGGAAAGAAGUGGAUGUUGCCAAAAAGACUACUACUACUACUACCAUUGAUUUGGCCUUCAACGCGGUUGUGAAAGUGUAUACUGUCUAUAGCAAGCCAAGAAUUUUUCAACCUUGGCAGAUUAGUAUGGAGAGGGAAUGCACUGGCUCUGGAUUUGUAAUAUCAGGAAAGAAGAUCCUUACGAAUGCUCAUGUAGUGGCUAAUCAUACAUCCGUGAAAGUCCGAAAACAUGGCUCACCUACAAAGUACAAAGCAAAAGUUCUAGCAAUUGGUCACGAAUGUGAUUUGGCUAUAUUGGAAAUCAAUAACGAAGAGUUUUGGGAGGGUCUUACCGCUUUAGAGCUUGGUGACAUACCCGACCAAAUGGAUAAUGUGGCUGUUGUUGGCUAUCCAAAAGGUGGUGACAGUAUCUCGGUUACAAAAGGUGUUGUGUCUAGAGUUGAACUGAGAAAAUACAGUCACAGUUCGACCGAGCUGAUGAAAAUACAAAUAGAUGCAGCUAUCAACUCUGGAAACAGUGGUGGUCCGGUGAUAAUGGGAAACAAAGUCGCGGGUGUAGCAUUUGAAAGCUGUUGGCUGUCUGAUAAUAUAGGCUAUAUAAUUCCAACUCCAGUCAUAAGGCAUUUUCUAAAUGGUGUUGAAGAAAGUGGUCAACAUGUUAGUUUCUGCUCAAUGAGUUUAUCAUAUCAAACUAUGGAGCAUGCUCAAACCCGCGACUACUUGAAGAUGGCCAAGGGAAUGACAGGGAUUCUCGUAAACCGAAUAAACCCGCUUUCGGAUGCUUGCAAAUACCUGAAAAAUUGUGAUGUUAUUCUUGCAAUUGAUGGUGUUCCUAUAGGAAACGAUAGCACAGUUCCUUUUCGUAAACAGGAACGGGUAAGUUUCAAGCAUUUGGUUUCUAUGAAGAAAUCAUGUGAUACAGCGUUAUUUAAAGUCUUAAGAGAAGGCAAAGAACAUGAGUUCAAUAUAAGUCUAAAACCCGUGCAACCACUAGUUCCAGUGAAUCUAUUUGAAAAGCCUCCAAGUUAUUAUAUAUAUGGGGGUCUUGUCUUUGUACCGCUAACUCAACCAUACAUUGAUAACUCUUAUGUUUCCGAAUGUGCUUUAGAAAAGAUGCCUAGAAAAGCCGAUGAACAAAUCGUUAUAAUUUCUCAGAUUUUAGAAGAUGAUAUCACCUCAGGACUCAGUAUGGUUGAAGAUUUACAGGUAAAGAAGGUGAAUGGAGUGCAAGUAGAUAAUUUGAAGCACUUGUUUCACCUUAUAGAGGAAUGUUGCACUGAGUAUUUGAAGUUCGAGUUGGAAAAAGAUAUGUUUUUCGCGCUUAAUCAUAAAUCCGCGAAGAAAGCUACUUCUAAGAUCUUGAAAAACCUCAAGAUUCCGUCGGCCAUGUCUGAUGACCUUGAGCUUAAACAGGUGAAUAAGCACGGCAAAGUUAAACGGAAGAGCAAGAAACAUUGA